AUGAAAAAAUAAUUGUGGAAUCCUUACACAAAUGAUAUAAAUAUAGGAGCGCAUUUGAUAAAGUCUGAAUUCAUCAUAGAAGGGAAAUCUCAGUAUUUGAUGGGAACAGACCAUCUGCUCAUUAUAUUUGAGGUUUUUAGUGAGAGUUUAACAAAAAGGACCCGAGUUUUAAAAAGCCAUUGAAAUAUACGACAUUCAAUUUUGAUCUAAAGUAUGAGAUAGUUCGAACACCGCCUAAGUUGAGGCCAGGAUGUCCAUUAGUUAAAUUGCCGAAGGCCAAUCGAGAGGAUGAAGUGGAGAUUGGAAAUGUCGAAAGAUUGGGGGAUCCAUUAAAAUUACUUUUAUUUAUAGAUGAAUAAGACAAAUUUGAGAUGAUAGCUCAUCAGUUGAUAAUUACGAAAUGGAGAUGGUUUUUGGCAAAGCGAAUUAACUAGUAUGGGUUCCAUCAUCUAUUCAAAGUGUUCAAGAAGAUUGGGAGGGGAAAUUUUGCAUCUGUGUACUUGGCAGAACGAGUGGAAGACGGUUAAUAGAUGGCAGUUAAAGCAUUUUCAAAGAGUAUAGCUUAUGCAGAGGAGAAUGGCAAAGAAGCUAUAAUAAAUGAGAUCAAAUUAAUGAGACAAGUGGAUCACCUCAACAUCAUAAAACUUUAUGAGGUCAAUGAAACUGCUAACUCUCUCUAUGUUUGUUUAGAACUAUUGGAAGGAGGAUAAUUAUAUGAUUAUCUGAGAAAGAGGAUAAUAUUUACAAAUAAGGAAAUUCAAACUAUAAUCAGAGGAUUGUUAGAGGGUUAAUCGUUCAAAAUUAUCAUUAGGUCUUCGGCACAUCCAUUCAAAAGAUAUUAUGCACAGAGAUAUCAAACUAGAAAACAUUCUAUUUAAGUAACCAAAUGCAAUUGACACUGUUUGUCUUGCUGACUUUGGUCUAGCCACAUAUGUUCAUGAAAAGGUCUACUUAUACUGCCGUUGUGGGACUCCAGGGUAUCAUAUUAAUACACUUUAAAAGGUUUGUGGCUCCUGAGGUAAUAAACAUCAGGGAUUUAACAACAACAUACGAUAAAGUUUGUGAUAUCUUCUCUUUAGGUUUAGUAUUCCAUCUCCUUCAGACUAAAAAGACUGUAUUUCCUGGUCGUAGUUACACUACCAUAGUAACUUAAAAUAUGGAGGCCAAAAUAAAAUGGGACUCUUAGAUUUAUGAAUAAAUUCCUAAACCUGCUUAUGAUUUACUAAGAAGAAUGUUAGAGGUGGAUCCAAAAUAACGUAUUACUGCUGAGGAAGCCUUAUAACACCAAUAUUUUACGGCUUUUAAUGCUGAGGAAGAUGGGGAAUCUGAUGAUGAAUUUUUCGACAUUGAGGAUAAUUGUUAAUAGGAUUAAUAAUCACAAAAAAUCAAUGACCUGAAUAAUAACUUUGAUAAAAUGCGCAUUAACUCCAUAUAGACUGCUUUGAUGAAAGAAUAAAUGAAGGAGAGAGUUCAUUUGCAGGAGGAAUAAAUCGUAAUGAAGAUUCCCAUAAUUACUGGGAGAACCCACAGCAUUGCUGGUAUUGCAUUAAUAUAUGAAUAUGUAGAUUCGCCUGAAUAAAAAAUAAGAAUCCAGAGAAACUUAAAAUAGCAAUCGCUAAACUUUUUAUACUCCUAUAGCAAUUAGCAAUAAGAGAAACCAAAGGAAGAGGAUUCUCAAUAGAAGGAGUUCAGAGUGCCUGCCAUUGAAUAAGUUAAGUAAAGUUCAAGAAUAAAUUUGUGA